AAUUUUUUUGAUUAAAAUUCACUAACUUGAAACCGUGACAUGAAUUUGCUAAUGUUAUUUUCUGCAACUUCGGAAACUGCCAUACCUCUCAUCCAUUAUUAGUCAUUACCCAUGACCUCACCAACUAUCCUCCUUCCCGCCAAAGCAACAACCUUCAAACUCAGUAUACAGAGCUUCAUGGAAAUGGCAUGUCAAGCUCUUCAAAUGCUACCUGAGAAGGCGAAAGGAUCCAUGCCCACAUCACCAAAGCUUGUUAUCAACCACCUGUUUAUCUUAGGACUUGAGGUUUAUCGUUUUGUGUACAAAGUGUGACUUGUUUACGAACGCAAGACACGUGUUUGAUGAAAUGUCUCAAAGAAAUGCGGUUUCUUUGGACUCCCAUGAUUUCUGGGUAUUCUUAUAGAGGACUUUCCUUUUCUUUUGAAGCAUUGCAUCUUUUUAAACAGAUGGUGAGAUCAGGUGUGGAACCAAAUGAGUUCACUUUUGCUACUCUACUAACCUCUACAUUCACUCACUUCUUGACAUGUAUUCUAAAGCUGGCAGAAUCCUUGAAGCUAGCCCUGUUUUAUAGGGCUUACCAGAAAGGGACGUUCUUUCUUUUACUGCAAUAGUUCCAGGCUAUGCUCAAUUAGGUUUUGAUGAAGAAGCAUUAGAACUAUUCCGGAGGUUGCAAAGAGAAGGAAUGAGUUCAAGUUAUGUUACUUAUGCUACUAUGCUAGUGUGUGGGCUUGCUGCAUUAGAUCAUGGAAAACAAGUUCAUAGCCAUUCUUCGAUGUGAACUACCUUUUUAUGUAGCUCUUCAAAUUCUACGAUUGAAAUGUACUUAAAGUCUGGAUAGCUUAUAUGUGCAACUUGGAGUUUUAUAGCACUCUGAGCUAACUGUUAUUUCAUGGAUUGUAAUGCUUGUGGGGUGUGGUAAGCUCGGAAUUGGAAGACAUGCUGCUGAACUCUUUGAACUGAUGAGAGAUGAAAAUAAGGUGAAAGAGAUCACUCCCGUCCAAGAAGAGAAGAAGUAUUUGGGAGGGUGAGGGAAUAAUCAAUCAAGUUCAAGGAAUCUUUGUAUGUCCCUGCCCUGAGUUGUGUUUUAUAUGAUGUGGAUGCGGAGCAAAAAGAGAAAAUACUUCUAGGCCACAGUGAAAAACUAGCUUGCCUUUCAGAUUCAUUGCUGCUUCUGGUAAAGUCCUGAUUAGGGUGAUAAAAAACCUCUGAAUCUGUGUUGAUUAUCACAGUUCUGCCAAAUUUGUAUCAAAGGUCUAUGGAAGAGAAGUGUCUUUGAAGGUUAAGAACCGGUUCCAUCAUUAUGUCGAGGGAAUCUGUUCUUGUGGUGACUACUGGUAGUUCUUUGAACUUUUUACUCAGAUUAUAUUUUCAUAUGCUUGUAAAGAAUGUGAGAGGGCUAUGACAAUUUAAGUACAAGUUGGAGAACAAAGUUGCAUCUGAAAUGAGGGUGAUAAGAUCAUUCAUGACAUGAAUUAGUUGGAGAAAUUAACGGUGAACUCGCAUUUAAUUUAGUUUAUUGAAGAAAUUAAGAAGAAAAAUGUUUCCAGCUAACUUUAGCAAGGUGAUCUAAUGUGUAAUUGGCACAUUUUGACACUUCCAUUAAAUGCCAGUGGUUCAGUUGCAGAAAUUGUGUUUCCUCUUUGCCCUUGCAAUAAAACAAGGGCAUUGGAAAAGAUGUCACAAAUGACUGGCCAAGAUCUAGCAGCCUAUGUUAGAAGGUCAAGCAAUAGCUUAGCAAGAGGCAAAUCUAAAUCUAAGUUUCGCGGAGUUGUAAGGAAUGAAGUCACGGGGAAAUGGCUAGCAAGGAAAGGAACUAGGAAAGAUUGUUUCUUGGGAUUGUAUGAUACUGAAGAGGGAGCAGCAAUUGCAUUUGAUGUACAAUGUAUAAAAGAAAAGGGAUACCGAGCCAUCACCAACUAUAGCUUGAGGUGUUAUGAUGUUGAAUCUAUCAUCAAGAGCCAGCUAGCUUUCCUACAGCAGCAACAAGCGAAGUUGGAUUUGCAAACAAUAAGGCGUUGUCAGCAGCAGCAGCAAUCUCCCGGAAAGCCUGCAGCUUUUCACCUUAAUGUGGUACCGAAAAGCGUGGUGACAAAAGUGGACAGAAAGCAGUAUAUGGUUUGGACACUUGCAGCUGCAAGAAGAGAGCUUGCUGCAAAAGCAUCAACCUCUCGUUUCGAGCACGGAGUUUUGAGCCCAUUCAGCCCCUACCAUCAAGUGUUACAGUCAAAAGAAGAGCAGGGACACAAUGACGGCAGGCAUGAUCGGUCUUCUUAUGCGACACGGGUUGUUCCAUACAGGUGGUUUGGUCCCUACCAGACUAGCUCAGCCACAGAAGCCUCCCUGAGAGCUCAGGGAUUGGGAUUCCGACAUGAAAGCUCGAGUUGUUUCGAGGCUUAUGACAGCAACAAUCAGAACAAAGGGAAAGAAAGGGUUAUUGAUAUUUGAAUUUAAAAGUUUAUAGCUGCAGCCUGUAUGCAGUAAAGACUAAAUAUACAAAGCAGUGUCUGUAAUAAAGAGCAAUAGCAAUGUGUUUCUAUUGUUAUUAGAACUGAUAAGCCCAAUGAGUGCUUGAGAAGUGGAAACUAAUUGGAUUAUGAAUGUUAAAUGACACAGUUGUAAUGUGUUUUUUUUGGUAAA